GUUAAUAAGCAUUUCCGCAUCGUUGCCUCGGCUGCCAUCGAGUACAACACUGACGCUGGCGGGACAUAGAGAAAGUGUGGUGACUUCUGAGAGAGAGGGAAAAAAAAGCAAAACAUAUAUCGAAAUGGAAACACGAAGGAAGAGUGGAGUUUUGCCCAAUCUGAAGAUGCAGUGGUGUUCAUGGUGUGUGGUGGUGGGGGUGGCAGUCCUGAGUUUCUGCGUCGGGGCUGAGACGGCUACUACUGUUGGGGGGGAACUGCUGGAGCCGUCCCUCGGCAGCGUCGUGUCCCUUGACCAAUCGACCCCCGACGACGCCGACGCCGACCCCGCGCCCUCCGACAGCCCGACCCCCGCUGCGACGCCGAGGGACGCUCCCGCCGAGGACACCGGAACCCCCCCACCCCCUUCGCCGGAUCCCGGACCUCGGAACGCUUCGGAAACCGUGGCCGACGCCCGCCCGCCGAGGAAGGUCGCCAAGGCAGCCUUGCCCGUGGGACUGCGGCUGCUCUUCGCCUUCCUCUACUACGCUCUGCCGACGGUCAACAUGUUCCUCCUGAACCCUUCGCUGGCGAGGACGAUCCUGCCGAUUUUCGAAUACUUCUUCGGAGAGGGCGUCGGCGAGCUCUUCGGGUCUUCCCGAACGCUCAAGCUGGUGGUGUCCACUGUCUAUUAAACCUUUGAUUAAAGUGAUGUUUGCCGAGCCCAU